AUGCAGUGCUGCCAGCUCUCUGCUGGACUUCAGCACGUCCUCUUCUGGGGGAGGCGCCGGGAGCUCGGCCAAUCGGUCCGGCUCGGAGGCCCCCGGCCGCUCCCCCGGGGAUGCGCCGGCGGCAGCGGCCGGGCGCGCCGCUCCCCCCGCCCCGCGGCGCAGCCUCCUGCGAGCGGGCAGAGCCCAGCCCGGCCCUUCGCUGCUUCUGCGCUGAGCGCGGCGGCGGGGCCGGCCGGGGCGAUGGAUUGUCUGGACCGCCGCUGCCGCGACGCCGCCACCUUCGACUUCUGGACCGACUACCUGGGGCUGUGCGCGCUGGUGGGGCCGGCCCGGCCGCCCGCCGCGCCCGCCGCCCCGGCGCUGCAGGCCGCGCCCUGCCCCUGCGCCCUGCGCGACGGCGCCCGCUGCGCGCCCGGCCCCGCCGCCGCCGCCGCCGCCCUGCGCGACCCGGAGCAGCGCUUCGCCCUCCUGCGCCCCUUCCAGCCCGCCGGCGCCGGGGCGCUGCGCCCGGGCCGCUCCCGGGCCUCGGAGGGCGGCUGCGCGCCCGGGCCGGGCCCCUUCGAGCUGCUGGGCGCGGAGCGGGAGGGGCGCAGGGGGCCCCCCGCCGGCGGCGGCCGCGCCAAGCCUGAGCCCAGGGUCUGCGUCUUCUGCCGGAACAACGGCGCGCCCCAGGAGGUGUUCGGCUCGCACGUGCUGAAGAGCCUGGACGGGCGGGUGCUGUGCCCGGUCCUGCGCGCCUACACCUGCCCGCUGUGCAGCGCCCGCGGGGACUCCGCGCACACCAUCAAGUACUGCCCGCUCUCCCGCCGGCAGCCGCCCCCGCGCCCCCUCCAGGGCGGCCGGGCCGCGGGCCGCCGCCUCCAGCUCGUCUAGCCCCCGCCGCGCCGCGCCGCGCCGCGCCGCGCCGGCGGGACCGGGACCGGGACCGGGACCAAGAGAAACCGUCACCUGCGGGCACCAGCGCCGGAUUGCACGCACCCGCCUUGCACACCCCGCCUGCCAUACACACCUGCCCCUGCAGCGCCCGCUCAGCCUGACACACGCACCCGCCUUGCUCACCCCCCUGCCAUACACACCUGCAGCGCACACACACUCAGCCUGACAUGUGCACCUGCAUUGCCCAUGCACCCGCAUCACUCCCCCCAGAUUGCACGCUCAGCCUGACACGCACGCAUCACACAUCCACCUAGAUUGCACGCUCAGCUGGACACAUGCACCCGCAUUGCACACACACCUGCAUCGCACACUCAGCCUCACACAGGCUCCUGCAUCACACACACACCUGGAUAACACACUCAGCCUGCCACAUGCUCCUGCAUCACACACCCACCCACAUCUCACACACACAGAUUGCACACUCAGCCUGACACAUGCUCCUGCAUCGCACACACACCCUGAUUGCACACUCCGCCUGACAUGUGCACCUGCAUUGCCCAUGCACGCAGAUUGCAGACACACCCAGAUUGCACACUUAGUCUGACACACACCUGCAUCACACACACACCCAGAUUGCACACUUAGCCUGGCACAUGCACCCGCAUCACACCUGCACUCUGCAUUGCACACUAAUGCUGACACACACCCUGCCUUGCACACUCUGACCAACACACACAUGCUGCAUCGUGCACUCAGAUCAACACACAUCCUGCAUCACACACCCACAUCGCACAUUCAGCCUGACAUGCAUACUGCAUUGCGCACACAGCCUGACACCAUUUGGCCAAGGCACACACCCGCAUCACACACACAGCCUGACACCCCUCUCUGCAUCCCAUACUCAACCCAACACUCCACAUUGCACACACCGCAUCACACACUCAGCCCAAUCCACACACACUGCAUCUAGGGCGACCAGACAGCAAGUGUGAAAAAUCAGGCCCGGUUGUGGGGGUAACAGGUGCGUAUAUAAGACAAAGCCCCGAAUAUUGGGAUUGUUCCUAUAAAAUGGGACAUCUGGUCAUCCUAACUGCAUCCCACACUCAGCCCAGCACUGCCCCACAUGGCCCAGAUAUCCCUCAGUCCGACACACACACACUGCAUCACACUCAGCCCAACAUACCCAGAGCAUCGCACACUCACCCCUCAUGCCUGCACACACAGCCCCCUCCAUGACCACAGCCACCCAUAUGUUCACCAGCGCCCCACGCACAUGCAGACGAGCCCUGGGCAGCCCUCUCUUUGCCCCUGGUGGGAGAGGCAGAGGGAGAGGAUGGAGGCGCUUCCCCCCCCACCCCGCCCAGGGGUUACUCUGAGCUGCAUGUAACCAACUGAACCAGGAGCCAGGGAAGGAGCUGGCCUGCGGUGGGGGCCUUUCUGCAGUGGCUCCAGAAGAAGGGAGGAGAGGGCCAUCACUGGAUGCCUUAGUGACCCGCCAAACCAGUGCUGCAGACAAACUGGAUCAGCAUAAAAAGCAACCCCACUCCACUUCUCCCCUCCCCCUUAGGCUGGGCUGCAGCCUGUCUCCUCCCCUCCCAGUCCGGAGGGCUGGGGGCUGCAAUGUCUUCCCCUGCCCUCUCUCCCAGCCAGGGGCACUGGCGCUGGGUGUAUCUCCCCCCUCCCUCAGCCAGGGGCCUGGGGCCUCCCUGCCUUGCUGGUUUCUUUCCAGCUGCCUCCGUUGACACUGUGAGUUUUCCCCUUUAUGAAAAUUCUUGUGUCUGUCUCCUCAAUUGAAUUGCAGAGAGACAAGAUUCCCCCCCCACACACACACACUUCCCUCCCCACACCUGACUCUGCAGGGGCUCUGGGUGGGCAGACUGGGGUGAAAUCUGAUGUUGACAUCCCCUACACCUCCUCACCCCCAGCAAAGAGAGAUUGUCUUAAGCUCUUAGCUAAACAUUUGGGGAAAAAAUGGAAAUGCAACAGUUGCAUCAAAAGACACUUUGUGGGGGUGUCUGACUAGCAUAGAUCUUUGCAUUGUACAGAACUGAUGUGUCGGUCCAUACGGUGUGUGCAGGAGUGUGUGAUGUGCAUAUAUAGCACUGCGUGUGUGUGCAAACUCGCACACCUCAUCCAAAUAUGAUGCAAAAAUGUCUUUUUCGUAUUGAAUGUAUUAGAUUCUAAGAGGUGAUUAUUGUCUGACCAGGACUGCACAUAUCACGUGGUUUUGUUUACCAAAGUGAAUCCAUUUUUUAAAAAAAGAUUUAAAAAAAAUAUGAGAUUUAAGGAAAAUGUGUUAGAUUUGCUGUGUUGUAUAUAAAGUGUUUAUUGUAAAUAUAGUAUUUUAACUUCUCCGGGUGAUCAGUGAGGGCAUUCUACCUCAAGCGAAAGAGUGGGAGCUUGGUUUGUUUCUCUGAUAAUUCUGAGUUUUACUGGUUGUUGAAGGUAAAUAACUAAAGUUUAUAAACGUUUCCUGCUGUUUGUAAGAGGAUUUAAUAGUAUUUAAUAAUUUUAAUAGAUAUUUUUCAAUCUUUGUAUAACAUAAUUGUAUUUUUUUUGCAUUACAUAUUUUUGGGAUAUUAUUUCAAUGGAGCUUUUAAAAAACCAACCAACACCGCAGAUUGCGAAGUGGCUCACUAUUUGUGUGUGAGAGUCCAGAGGGCCAUGACUGCCAGCCAGGGGUCUGUGUCUGUGAUGUCCCGGCCUGGGGGGCUUGGGGCAAGUUGCUGGGCCGUGGUGUCUGUUUUGCCAAGUGUUACUGAAGUUUUUAUUAAAGAAUAAUACCGAUGCU